UGGUACUAUUUUGCAAAAUUAAAGAUUGUGGUGUAUUACCCCCUUAAAAAUAUGGGGACAGAUCUUCUGAACAUGAAAGUAUUAAGUUGUGACAAAUUUAUCCAACCUAACCCCCAUGUACAUACCUUGUGAAUGUGAGUACCCUCAAAAAAUGCCAAAAAUAUGAUUUUUAUCCUUUUUGCGGAUAUAUUCAGUACAGAAAACUGUUGAAAAGUGUGGUUAUAACUUUAAAUAUAAGUUGUAUGCACAGAUUCAUUUUCAUUUUCAGCACAAUUUGCAGAAUUGAAACCCAGGCAUAAACAGUAAUAAUAGUUUAUCAAUAAUAUCAUUUCCCUAUUUCAGAUCUUGAACAUUUCAACUUGUCGCAAGUGAAAAAAUGGCUUCUAGUAGUAGUAGUAGUAGUAGUACACCCUUUACAAGAUCACAGGCCAAAAAGACACUUUGUGGUGUGGACUACAUAGAGAAGGCAGAGUUUCCAAGUGGAAUGCUUCCAACAGGCAAGGACAUCAUACAGAACAUGCUGUAUCUUUUGCGGCCAAAGCGGGCCGGCCAGGCCCAACGAUCAAGGGAUGCAGCAGCUCAGCUGCUUGCUGAACUGGUCCAGGAACACUGGCUGUUUUGCAACCUGUACACCAUCCACACCAGGCACAUAAAGAAGCACAUUUUGAAGCUGUAUGGUGACUUUCUGACUCUGGUUCAGACACGAAAACAGCGACAAAAUGAUAGUUUCUCCAAAAGAGCAGAGACAUUCAACAGUCGAACACUGGAGGUGUUUGACAUCUUCUGUCAGGACCCUGUAAUACGCAGGAAACUGGAGCUGAAGCAUGGUGUAAAGAUGAGUGACAUGGAGUGGAACUUUCUCAGUGAUCAGAGAGCUGAAAGGAAAAUGUACUGUGAAGACUUUGUUGACCGCAAAUGGAUGAAGACAAUGGAGCGCAGGCAAAAGGAGAUGCAAGCCAUUGAUCAAAUGAGAGAAGCUGAAAAAGAAAAGGAGCUGAGCCAGCCAGUUGCCUAUUUUGAGGACAGUGACCAGUCAGAGGAAGGUGACCACAGUAUGGACACAGAUGCGGCCUUCUCAUCCUGUGAUGAAUGCUCCAGUGCAGCUGAGACUGAGGAGACUCAGAGUCAGACAAAGAAGCGCAGGUUGUCUUCCACAGUCACUCUCACUCAACCAGGAGACGAACUGCCUCUAAAAUACCAGCACAUCCGUGAGAGCAUAAGAAAAGUUAGGCCAGAGUUUUAUGAGACUAUUGAUAAACUGAAGAGCUGUUAUCACAUGUCCGAAGCCCAGGCUGAAGCAUCUGUCAUAACGGUCGGUAACCGGAUGUUUGGACGAAACUGGAAGCCACAUGAUGAGCCAGAAGUAAUUGAUCUAGACACUCUGCCAGAAUCCAAGAGUAUCAGGGAAGCCUGCAAGAGCAUCGAAGUUCUGGCACUAGAUGAGAUUGUCAAGGAGAUCAUGAACUCUGAUGAACAAGUUGUGGUGACCUACUCUGAUGAUGGCUCAAAAAAACAGGGUGCUGGGUCAUUUUCUGUGCAGGGAAUCAUGAUCAAUGGAACAUACAGGGCACUACCCACCAUGAGCAUUGCUUCGGAGUCCAGGAAAAACUUAGCAGCUCUCAAAUUGGCAGUCCUUGAGAUUCUGGAGGCAGCAAGUGGUGUCCCAUCCAAAAGUCUGUUCGAGAAAAUUGACUUUGUGAUAACAGAUCAGACAGCACACAAUAUCCAUGUGGACGAGCUGGUAGCAGAGAGUCUAGAAUCCGAGCACAUCCCAGACCACCUUUUCUGCAAUGUACAUCCAACUCUGAUGUUCAACCUCAUCACCAAGCAGUGGGCUGAAAUAGAGAACACACUGGGUAGAGACAAGAUCUACUCGAACUUCCUUGUCAAUGCAACAACAACAGCAACUAGUGUCACUGAACAAGCUCUUGACUGCAUGACACGACUUGUCAAUCACGACUUUGACCUCUUUCGCCUCAUGAAGGACCACAAGAAGCUGCCCAUGAACACAUAUGCAGUGAAUCUGAAACUGUACCUCAAAAAUUACCUCAAAUGCAGAUGUGACUUUGGAUGA